UACAGCACGACAUGAUUCAGUUACUUGCAGAGCAAUUAGAGUUAGUGCUUGGAACACCCUUGUCCCAGAACAGCAACAAAAUUAAACCAAGCUGUCAGGUUCCAAAGAGAUGAAACCACAAAAGUUACUCUGAAACCAGAGGUAGCUGUGUGCAUCUCUCAUCUGAGCAAUGGAAGAAAAGCACAUAGGAACAGGAAACAGCCCUUCCUACAUGGCAGAAAAAUGACUCAGAGCAGCAUGGCCUGCCUUGAAGGCUUGUCAUGUGAAUAAGGAAUAUAGAGGGGGUUUUAAUGUUACAGGGAAGGAGCGCGGGCACUAAAGCCACAUGCUAGACCUGUGAAGAUGUGAGCGAUCUCAGGGAAAGUCUCCAGUGCGGUUGAAGUCCAGGGCCAGAGAUGAACACUUUGCUUCCAUCCUUUUUGAAUGUGGAGCUGCUGCUCUUUGCAGUGGCAUCUGCAAAGUUAUUCACUGAACCCCAGGAUGGCAGCCUUGCUGGAGGAACAUGGAUCACCCUGACAUUGGAUGGUCUGACAUCUCCCCAGUUACAGUUCAUGUACUCCACCAGUGGGUCUUUGCUAGAAGUGUCCCUAGUGAAUCCCAUUCUGCCUCCAGUACGGUGCGAUGUCCAUCCUGUAUAUUUCGAUAUAUCCAUCAUCAGAUGCAAAACGAGGCCCUCGCAGCAGGAGGGGCUGUACCAGCUGAAGGUGAUUGCCAAUGGGCAGGUGAUAAGCACCCUGGAUGGGAUGCCUUGUGACAACUGCACUUUCAAGUUUUCUGUUGCACAGACACCUGUGGUUUACCAAGUGAAUCCACCAUCUGGAGUCCCAGGAAACAUCAUACAAGUCUGCGGGCAGAUCAUUGCUGGCAGUUACGAAACCAUUGACUUUAAUGUUGACUACAUUGAUGGCCCUGUUAUCCUCGAGGCGGAAGGAGAUGGAUGGAUCAGCCUCUGUUCUUUUGCCAACAAGCAAACGAGAAGCAUCUAUCCCAUUCAGAUGGAUCAUGGAACAGGGACCUUACAGUGCCGUGUAGAAGGCAGCUAUAUCGGUUCGCAGAACGUUAGCUUUUCAGUGUUUAACAAAGGAAAGUCGAUGGUACACAAGGAUGCUUGGCUCAUCAGUGCCAAACAGGAGGUUUUCUUGUAUCAGACAUUCUCAGAUAUAGCAUCUGUGUUUCCUGUCUUGGGAAGCCUAGGAGGAGGAAGUGACCUCACGAUUACAGGAGACUUCUUUGACCAGCCCGUGCAGGUCACAGUUGCAGGUGUUCCCUGUGAAAUCAAGCACUGUUCUCCCCGGAAGAUUAGCUGCACCACUGGACCCAUUGCUGAGACCAGAAGACUUGCUGCACCCCAAGCAGGAAACAGAGGGCUUCUCUUUGAAGUCUGGGAUGAUGCAGCAGGCACUGAUCUCACUGAAACAGCCCCUGGAUAUAGAUGGCAGAUUGUUCCUAAUGCCAGCUCUCCAGAAAGAUUUCUCUCUCAAGCACAGCAGUCAUUCAGCUCACGACUACGUGGAUUCUUUGUGGCACCACAGACAAAUAAUUACACCUUCUGGAUUCAGGCAGAUGGCAGAGCUUCCUUGCACCUAAGCCUGUCAGAAGACCCAGGAAAAAAGGUGAAAGUUGCCUUUAUUCCUGCUGGUGCUUCUGAAUGGUCUGAGCACUGGGAGAAAAACUGGAGCAAGAGUUGGCAGCCAAAAUCCCAGAAAUUUGAGCUGAUGGGUGGCUCAAAGUACUACUUGGAGGCGCUCCAUCAUGGGAUGGCACCAAGCAGUGGGAUGCGAGUUGGGGUUCAGCUGCACAACACCUGGCUUAACCCUGAUGUGGUGAAUACAUAUCGCAGAGAGAGGCACGAAAUCCGGGCCAGUGCCCACCAGCUUCCGGAGAUACAGAUGCUGACUUUAUCUGGCACAGGAUGGUUCCGUAUUUCCUGGGACAAUGUAUCCAGCAACUUGAUGGCAACAAAUGCUACAGCUGAUCAGAUCCAAACAGUGAUAGAGGAGCUUCUUUCAGUAAAAUGUGAAACUGAGCCAUUCUCUGCUAAAUUCCUUCUCCGGAAUGGAUUUGAGGAAGUUGAACUCACAAUUAGAGUAAAUACGGAGCUCCAAUUAUCACAACAUGCUUGA